CCCGGUCUGCUUAUUUGUGUGUUUUAAAUUUACCAAUAUAAUAAUAAAUUUUAAAGUCUUUGGCAUUCUUGCGAUAUUAAACAUUUCACUUAAAGCGUAUUUUACAAAGCUUAAGCCAAUCAUCUAAAACAUUCAAAAUGAUCGCCAACUUUGAAAUCUCCGACAACAAAUCUGACACCAAAGUAUUGAGGGCCCCUGGUGGAGUGUCAAGUGACAUUUUCGGAUCCGAACAGCCUCAAACUCCACGUAACGUCAAAAAUCUGAUGGCCUCGAAUAUAUUCUCUACCGACACAGAUGCCGCCCAGAAGAACAACGUGCGGCAAGGAGCUCACAGAUUCUAUUACAUUGGUGAGACACCACGUCGAGGCCAAAAACCAGUUGACUCGUACUCGCGUUUAUUCGGCGAACCGGCUCGUCCCAUCACACCUAGCAAGAAUCACAUGAAGAGCAAUAUUCCCUUUGGACAAAACCCGAAUACCGCUCCGUUGAUUUCCAAGGGAAAUUAUAACGGAAAAAGUGGUUCGGUGUCGUCCGCAUCAUCGUCUGUUUCUUCUUCGACUGAGAAUCUUAAAAUUAAUGGAGGAGUAAGAUCGGAAGGAAAUCCCGUUACCGGCGAGGGGUACAAAGCUGGCGGAACCGAUUAUAUCCAACCAGCUCAUCUUAACGGCGGAAGUCAAGUUAUCAAGAAUCGUGUCCCACCCGGCGGUUAUUCAUCGGGACUCUGGUAAUUGAAAAUUACAGAGCCUCUCGAUAAAAGACAACAUGGUAGAUGUGCACAGUAAAUGAGCAGAUGACAGGAGCCUUGCAACAAAUAUAUUCACACCCAAAAAUCGGAACCCCUUCUAUCUACAUACUCAAAACUAGAUGUAGCGUUUUAAGUAAUAAGAAAUUGCAGAAGAGCAUCCAUAUCGAUCGAUGGGUAUCAAGUUAAAACUUGGAAAACCACCACGAAUUAUACAGCAUACGAUCCAUGUGUAUUU